AUGACCAAUACAAAACCGCUUGAAGACGGCAACCCGUCUUUUGUGACUUCUUGUGGACCAACACGGAUACAAUGUUAUUUAUGUGAUUUACCCAGAUACCCAUGGGCUAUGCUGACGGAAUUUUCCGAGGCGGUUUGUCGAGGCUGUGUGAAUUAUGAGGGGGCCGAUCGAAUUGAGUGUGUGAUUGGACGAGCUCGACUGAUGAAAAUGCACUGUUUGCCCCAAAUGUUACCUCCUUCCCGACUGAUUUUGGAAAAACUGGAAGAACUGAACGGGGUUAAUCCGACGGCUCCAUUAUUGACGGAAAUUCAAACCGGCAACACGAGAUCGCUGGCGGACGAGAAUAUAGAGCGCCCUGGUUUGGAUAGCUUUGACUGGUUUAAUGGAGUUCCCAUGAACGAAAUCAAAGAUCGACCGGGAGGUCAGAAUUCUGAAUCAAACAGAUAUGAUAGACGAACUAGUUCUGCCGAAACAAGCAAAUCAUCUUUCAGUUCACGUGCACCAGAAAUGGGGUCAGUGGAUCCUUCCAGUCUUAAUCAGGAUCAAGGACACGCUAGCACAAAUCUUACGAACAGGUUUCCAGCAUGUUUGUUCAAAGAUUUGGCGGCAUUUAAUAUGAGCCGAAACAUGAUGUCUCGAGCCACAGAAAACAGUCUGUUCACCGGUACACUCAUCAACUCGUCACUGUUGAAACUGCAGCACUCCGCCAGACAAAAGCUUACCGGAUCUCAAUUAUGGGCCAAAGCUACUGCUCAAACAAAUUCCAGAGAUCCUGUAUCAAGCUCACCUGAGCUAAGUCCCGACUCGAAAACACGAAUGGGCGAAGAUCUUGGGCAACAAACCUCAGACGAAUUGGGAACCGUAGUUCCGCAACCGCUUUCCUUCCCUCAUCCCAUAGGAGCACAUACUUUACCGGGUGGGUUAAACAAGGGAGUGAUUGUCAGUCCAACUCAACAAUUCUAUCCCCUUUCUGGUACAAUCAAUCGAGACUGUGCAGACUCUGUAGAGGAUCUUUCUCCCACAUCAAACGGGAACAAUUCUUUGCAAAACCAGUGGAGUGCGUCCAUGUUGCUAACCUAUUUUAAUUUAUUGAACGGAUUAUUUCGACAGUCGGGUUUGGAUGGGACCACUUCUGAUCAAGGAGUAUUGCUUAAUUUCAUGCGUUCAUUAUUGUCGACAGGGCAAAUUAACACAAAUAGUCAACCAAUAGAAUCAAACGGAUUGAAGAGUCCAAUAAGGAUUCGAUUACGCGAUCGGCCUUCGAUACAAGCAUUUCUUCUGGGUUUAUCACCUCAGCCGAAAUUGCCACCACUCAUUGCUGAGGACUCGGAUCUCGGAACUGGUCCUGACCGCUCGAUAGCUGCACAUACUGUUCUGUUUGAAUACCCUGUAGGGUCGAAACGUAUGCUAACCGGUGUAUUUAGCCUUUUACGUCAUAUGGAUCCAAGCGGAUUUGAAGAAGACCAUCCAGAUAUCGAUCGGUUAGAGUAUGAAGUACCACGAGCUGGACCAACUACUUGGGCACCUGUGGUCGAUUUACUUCAAGCUAUUGAUGAACUGGUUGGUAGUAGUGGUUCGACAUGUCAACUAGGGACACAGAAACCCAGUUCGGCUGCCGCGGAAAUCCUAAGCACCGAUCGAAUGUCGGUCAGUCGCAAGCAAGCACCAUUUGAAAAGGAUAACUUAUCCACACCUUUGGCUCAGUGUUUAUUACCAAACGGUGCCAAAAAGCGACCGUCAUCAGAUACGACUCACCCGCUCUCCGCAUUGGCCAAAACACCACGAUUGGGUUCGAAAAUUCGUGCUUCACUGUCGGGUGUUGGGUUGGAAGAAAAUUGCACGAUAGUAGCUGGAAGUACUGGUGAUGUGGUGCGAUAUCCGCCACCAAGCGAACCCCAGCCCAGUUCCAAAUUCAGACCAAACCCACCGAAUUUGCCACGUGGUUCGAACAACAACAACAAACCAAUUUUAUGCAGUUUGUGUCCCCGUCAUUUGGAAGGGAGUCACUUUGUCCAGUGUCCGGCCCAUUUCGAGCAUCGAUUCUGUUUCCCUUGUGCUCGAGCCUAUCUGGAACAGGUGAUGCUAGCUCGUACAGUCAAUAAUAUGUCUAGCACUGACGGAGAGAAGCCCUCGACCAAUCAAAUCCCGAAAUUGACAGAGAUUUAUUGUCCCAGUGGUAAGAUGUGCACUCUGCCUGGUUCAAAAUCCCCAUGGGCUUUUGUGGCUUCGGAAAUUGCAGCAAUUAUAGGGAGGGCCCCGCCGUUCAUUGAUUCUACUGGACAAUGCAAGACGGAUCUAAUUUCGCAUGAAAAUCCCGCCUCCGUAAAAGCUACACCCAAUCCAGAUUCCCUUACCUCUUGCCUAACCCGUUCAACAAACGCUUCCCCAGGAAAACUCAAAGAUUCUGGUGAAGAUCAGGCUGGGUUGACACCGUCUUCUACCUCGUCCGACAAAAAUGCCACUGAAGGGAGAACGCGCUCGAAUACGAAACCAAGCUCCAAUGUGAAAUGCAGCAGUACUGGUAAAAGCGAAACACUGACAUCGAAAAUAAAAUCAGUACGUUCGACAAUAAAGUCCACGGACGCGAAUUCUAUCGAAGAUGCUAACAGCAACUCUACGGCCGGUAUAUAUCCACUUGACGGGUCAUCGAAUUCCGAGGUCACGGGUCAUCAGUCUGCAGCAAGUGCCAAGAACUCCUCCAGUCCCAUCACACAUUUACCCACUUCAAUUGGUUUGGAGGUUGGUUCCGUGGCACAAACAUAG